CUGUGCACUCUUUCUCCAAGUAUUGGUUGGGCUGCAAAUCUGAGCAAAGUUUGCCUGAGAAAAACAGCCCAGAUUUUCCAUCAGCCGCCAGACUUCCUUAAAACCAGCUCAGCAUAAAAACAAACGACCAUCAGGAGUUCGUCCCAAUCGGUGGCAAAAAAGCGUGCAGACUUCUUUUCUGUGCAUCUGCCCUCUUCGGUUUGGCCACUGAUUUUCGGACUCAGCCGUUCCAGAAUGUGGUGGGCCGCCCUCCUGCUCACGACACUCUUGCCCCUUACGAAGGCAGCCGCCUACCCAGAUGAGAUGCUGGACUCUCAGUGGGAGCUCUGGAAGAAGACCCACAAGAAGGAAUAUAAUGGCAAGAUGGAAGAGGUAUCCAGAAGGCUCAUAUGGGAGAAAAACCUUAAAUACAUCAACACCCAUAACCUGGAAUUUUCUCUGGGGAGGCAUACUUUUGAACUGGCCAUGAACUACCUGGGAGAUAUGACCAGUGAGGAGGUUGUACAAAAGAUGAUGGGGCUUAAAGUUCCACUAUCACGUAAACCCAGUAACGACACCUUGUACAUCCCGAACUGGGAAGAGCGGGCACCUGAUGCUGUGGAUUACAGAAAGAAAGGCUACGUCACUCCUGUCAAGAACCAGGGCCAGUGUGGUUCCUGCUGGGCUUUCAGCUCUGUGGGUGCCUUAGAAGGGCAACUCAAGAAGAAGACCGGAAAGCUAUUGAACCUCAGCCCGCAGAACCUGGUCGACUGUGUCACCGACAACGACGGCUGUGGAGGCGGCUAUAUGACCAAAGCCUUUGAGUAUGUGAAGGAGAACCGAGGCAUCGAUUCCGAUGAUUCCUAUCCCUACAUUGGCCAGGAUGAAAGCUGCAUGUACAACCCGACCGGCAAGGCUGCCAAAUGCCGUGGUUACCGAGAGAUCCCUGAAGGCAACGAGAGGGCUCUGAAGAGAGCGAUUGCACGGAUAGGCCCUGUAUCUGUGGGCAUUGAUGCCAGCCUGGCCUCCUUCCAGUUCUACAGCCGAGGUGUAUAUUAUGAUGAGAACUGCAACGCUGAUAAUAUCAACCAUGCUGUCCUGGCCGUGGGCUACGGGACCCAAAAAGGCACCAAGCACUGGAUCAUCAAAAACAGCUGGGGAGAAGAAUGGGGUAAUAAAGGUUAUAUCCUCAUGGCCCGGAAUAUGAACAAUGCUUGUGGAAUCGCUAACUUGGCCAGCUUCCCAAAGAUGUGACCCAAUGAAUGAUGCUGCCAGACCAGAGGGCUGGCUCCAUAUAUCAGCAAAUGGCUGGAUUCCUGAGCUGACUCACCAAGGACUUGAAUGGCAGAUAUUUUGCAUCACAAGCAGUUCUGAUAGCAAAUUAAAAGGCUUUCUUUUCUAUUUUACACAAAA